UGCUGCAGGAGGUAUUUCCACAUGAUGCCAGUGUGGUCAGGAUAUACAAAGCAAGUGAUUCAGCUUGGCUUGUGUUGGUUAGCAGAUGUAGUUUGCUAGCAGCCAGGCUAGCUUUAGACACUGCUAACGCGUCAGUGGCUAUGGGUUUUGGUUUUUACCUUGGUGUGACCUUACUCCUGUCUGUGUGGGCAACUUCAAAAUGUGAUCGUGUUCCCAGUGGAGUUCAUAUGGAAUGUCGUGAUCGUCACUUCAUGAUAGCUAUUGAUCUCUCCUUUGCUGGAAGUGAACCUCACUUUGAGGCUGUUGACAGAACAGGUGCGUACACCAUUACUGAACAGUAUGCAGCAGAGUGUGGCUACAGUCUCAUGGUUCUGCCUCUGCUGGGUCAUGUGGAGCUCAGAGCCUCUUACUUCAGCUGUCACACUGACAACAAAGCUGAUGAGCUGUUCACAUUCAACUUCAACUUGUUGGUAAACCAUGAAGGAAAGCCUGUCACCCAUGCUUUAAACAAGACCUGUUCUCCCUCUCUUCGCUGGUCUCCCAGAGAGGUUACCUGUGAGGUGAACUACAUGGAAGUGUCUGUGCGGAGGGAAGUUGCUUGUGUAUCUGAAACAAACAAGGAUGUCUGGAAUGCUGCUUUUAAACCUGCGUAUUCCUCAUUCCCCUCACCGUGGCAGGUGAUGUUCCAGAAAGAUGGGGAAUUGUUAACACCCAUGAACCUCUCAGACGCUCGGAAGCAAGGCUAUGUUAUUAACCUUACAGAUGGAAGGCUUGUGUUGCGUACAGCAUAUGGACAACCUGAGUCAUUUAGUGUUGAGGUGAAUGGUGUUCCUGUAGAGCUUGUCCAUGCAACUCUGCUCUCCCGACAAAGCUGGUUGGUCUUCAUGGUUGACCUGGUGGUGGCUUGCUCCAUGCAUGAAGGACUGUUUGACCGUGGUUACAUAAUGUGGGAAACUCCAGAGGCGCUGUAUCCGAGUCUCGACAGCACGCAGAUCAGUGUUGGACUCAAUGGGGAACUGAUGAUGCAAUCAGUUGCUGAGGAGAGAGGCUACAUUGUGGACAACCGCAACACCACAGUCCACAUCAGCAUCCCUUAUAAUGCUGACGGAGGAUACAGGAAGAGCCUUGUGUCUGGAGAACUCUAUGAAUACUACAUCUUGCAUCUCUAUGUGGAGCAAACCUCACAGAAAAAGGACAAUAUUGACACUAGACUUCGUUUUCAUGGGACACUUGUCACGCCCCUCCUGCUGCACCCAGUUUUUACUGAAAAUAGAACAGUUCUUGAGGAUCAUACAUUCACGGUGUACCUCGGAGAUGUCCCUGAAGACGUCAAGUUGGCUGCUGUUCAUGUGAAUGGACACCUGACAAACGCGAGUGUCCACACCAUUGUGAAAGUUGUUCAACCCAACAACACCCAUGGCUACACUCUGAAGGUGCCUUUUGAUGAUCCUGUUGUGAUACAGCAGUUCAGCAAAGAAAAUGCAACAUUGCUGUACAGGCUGGAUAUCGACUAUACAUUGACUGUUGAGCCUGAAAAUAACACUUUUUACCAUGUAGCAUCAGUUACGGCAUUAACGGAUAUCUCUCCUCCAGCCUUUUAUGGCCUGUGUUAUGAGUCCGGGAUCGGCUUCAAACUGGACCACCGGCCUUUUGACUACCUGUGGGAGAUUAGUGUUGGAACAGACCUGCUGACAUCGGAGCUGGCAGCCCAACAUGGCUACAUCUUGAGCAAUGAUAGCCAGAGUUUGCUGCUCAAUGUGCCACUCUUCACUCAUGGAUAUCAAUACAGUAAUGUUACUUUGAAGGGUUUCUUUGCCACUUUUGAGAUCCUUGUGAGGGAUCGUGAAACAUCAGCAGUCCAGAGCUCCACUGUCAAGACGUGUCCGUUCCCUACUACUGAACUCAUUAUGUGUUCGACUGAUGGUAGGAUGACGGCGGUGGUUGACUUGUCUCUGGCCAUCCUAAGUGGAGGUAGCCCAGGAAGAACCAGCCUUAUAGACAAUAAGUGUGGGCCCAAAGAGGCUGAUGGCACCAGAGCUCUCUUCUCUUUUCCUGUCAGUAGCUGUGGAUCUAUCAUCAAGCUGGCCAAGGAGUAUGUGACAUAUGAAAAUGAAAUUUUCUUCAGCCAGAAGCUGCCCUUUAAGAAAAAUCCAGUAGACUCAAACCAUGAUGAGGAUGGGAUUAAAUUGCAGUGUACAUAUCCCCUGGCUGGGCUUCACCGUCUCUUCUCGGUGUAUAAAUUUGAGUCUGACACAAUUGGCAUUGGCCGUAUUGUGCAUCCUGAGCACUUCACUGAAGGUUCACAGAGUACCACAACUGAACUCACGACGAUGCCCACUACUAGACGCAUCACAAGACCUGUCUCAUUACGACUUGCUUACCACCCUCCUGCUCAGUAUUUUAAAGUAUCCCGUUUUCUGAAGAAACUGUCAAAGAAAGGACCAGUGCCAUCAUAAUACGGACUGUGACUGCAUAUAUUUUAAAUUCAAUAAAUUUGUCUUAAAAGCUC